AUGAAUUUUAAUGUCUGGAAUAUCAAAGAUAUGCUCAGUAUUCCCUCAGGCUCUGGGACCACUAAGUCAUCUAACUGGACUAAUAAUCAGACUGAUUACUCCAGUCUCAGUGAUUCUCAGUUCCUCUUUGGAUCCCAAUUCUGUCCAGAAAGUUCAGAGACCCUGUCAGCACCGUUGGACUUUGGUGUCCAUUUGAGAGAUCCAAAACAGUUACAAAAGAAUUCUCUGGAUGGUGAACCUAGUAUUUUCAGAAAGUACCAGACAAAACCCCAGCUAUUUGGAGAAGAUACAAAAGAUGGAGGCUUAUUUCCUCUUCCUUUGUCAGUUGGAAAAUCAAAAGGCCUGUUGGACGAGUUUGAGGAGAAAAAGAAACGAGCAAGAGACAAAUGUGACAGUGAGACUCUCUACAACUUCAUUUCCCAUGUCCGAGAAAGUAUUCACAAAUUGCAGACAUCUGUGGAAAAGUCUGAGGAACAUCUCAGUUCAAGAAGCCAAUCUAUUUUGGAUUCUUUGGAGACUGUGGCCAAAACAUUGCAAGAGACUGCGCAGGCCCAGAGUGCUCUGGUGUUGGAAACGGUGCAGGACAAAGGCAACAUGGAGCAGGCUAUCCUUGAGAUGCAGAAGAGAUUUGACACUAAACAAGCAGAGUUCAUAGAAAUGAAGUCUAACCUGAAGCACCUUGAAGUUGUAGUUGUCCAGCAGAGUAAGGACUUCCAGCAGCUCUGUGAGCAGCUAGGCCAGCUGAAUGUGCCCAGUGUCCUAGCAGAGCUGAAGAGUUUGAUCUCGGUGCCUCGGGGCCCUGGGCAUGUGACAGACAGCACUUCCCAGACCUCACCACCGCUGGUCCAGAGCCUCAGUUUCACCAGGCAGGACAAAUUUCCCUCUGAGGAACCAGCUGUGGAGCAGCCCCAGGUGCUCCCUGCUGCCAGGAAUCUUAGGAGGGGCUCACAGCGGCCUCAGGGGGAGUCUGGUGUCUGGAGUGAAGGAGCAAAGAGGGCUGCUCUCCAAGAACAGGCUGCGCCACUGGUUGUUGGAAGUGGCAAGAGAAACAGGCGAGUCAGGGACAAGGCCGUGCAGACUAACUGCAAUAAUCAGCUUAUUACUAAAACAAUCUCGGAGGACCGAGAUCCUGGCAUCAGGAACCUGGUUUCCCUAGGAGGCUCGCAGCUUAUCUCCUUGGACUUAAACAACUUUGUAACCAGCAUUGAGAAUGUCCGCCAAAAACAUCAAACCAAAGACAUAUUUUCACGUGACCCUCGUGAGCAGAGGUUGGUGACCAAACAGAAAGGCGGAACGGUACAACGCAGGAGGAAAGGCCAGCAGCAGCAGCCGCAGCCCAGGAAAGCCCACGGAGGCAGGCCCCCAGCCAGGAAGCAAGAGCAUCCCCGAGGCAAAACCUGUGCUUUCAAUUCCAAAGGUCCCCAGCCGCCGGUUUCUGGCUCACAAAGUUCCCCCUGGAAGCAGCCCCUGGAGGAACCCCUUGCUCAGCCCCUGCAUCUGUGUGGCCGCAGGAGCCCCACAAAGCCAGUCUGCCCUGUUCUGGAAGGAGCACUCACACCCAGAAGGACAGCUGGGGAACCCCAAGGGACCCCCCGGCAGCUCAGUGGGCACUCUCCCCAAGACAACAGCCAGCUUUCUAACAGCUCCAAGGGGGACCACCAAAUAAGCUGGUUCAGCGACCUCCACCUUGAAAGUCCCGCAUCUCCUCUGUGCAAGGAGCCAGGGAAGAGUGUGCUCUAUGACCUGGGUUUUGAUAGCAGCGACGAUGGCUUCUGA